AGAAUACGCUGAUAUCUCUGUUUGAGAUUCUGAAGCGUGGACCGUCAAACCACUGUGAGCAGAUCUUCUCUCCGCCGUCCGAUCUCGCCGCCUCGAUUCUCUUCUUUUACCCCAUCAGUCAUCUUCUCACUCAGCCACUCCGAUUCUCUCUCCCUCUCGCUUUCCUCUUUCGCUCUCUCUCAUUCGUCGUCCGGUUUUCUCUCUCUCUCUCUCUCUCUCCUCGAGCGUGUUAGUUGCUGUAUUUCACCUCCGGGUUUCGUUUUCUCUGUCCUCUUUCUCGUUUUUCGGGGGAUGGCAUUUUACCGGCGGCCUCGCCGGUGACCGGUUAAGAUGGGCUUGAUGAUGUGUCGUAGAGAAGCCUAGGCGCUAAGACUGGUAGCGCUUUUCUGCUUCACUUAAAUGGGCUGUUUUCAGUCGACUGUAAGAAAGCAAUUCCCCGGAUAUGAGGACCCAGUCAUCCUCGCAUCACAAACAGCUUUCAGCGUUAGUGAAGUUGAAGCACUAUUUGAGCUAUUCAAAAGUAUUAGCAGUUCUGUAAUUGAUGAUGGGCUAAUAAACAAGGAAGAAUUUCAUUUAGCUCUAUUCAAGAGUAAAAAGAAGGAAAAUCUCUUCGCAAAUCGGAUUUUUGACUUGUUUGAUGCUAAGCAAAAGGGUGUCCUUGAUUUUGGUGAUUUUGUUCGAGCACUCAAUGUCUUCCAUCCGAAUGCCCCACAUGAGCACAAAAUUGAUUUUUCAUUUAAGCUUUAUGAUUUGGAUGGUACGGGAUUUAUUGAACGACAUGAGGUCAAACGAAUGUUGAUUGCCCUUCUAUGUGAAUCUGAAAUGAAGUUGUCUGAUGAAACCAUUGAGACAAUUCUUGAUAAGACUUUCUUGGAUGCGGACGUCAACCAGGACGGGAUGAUCGAUAAAUCAGAGUGGCAGAACUUUGUUUCGAAGAACCCAUCACUAUUAAAGAUCAUGACCCUGCAGUAUCUGAGGGACAUAACAACAACAUUCCCAAGCUUUGUGUUUCAUUCCGAGGUGGACGAAGUCGCCACUUGAGGUGCAGAGAAAAAUGGGAAAAAAAGAAAAGAAAAGAAAAGGAAAGAAAAAGAAAAGUAGAGUCUAGAGUGUUCAUGCAAUUUCGGUAAAAUGCGUUUUUGUUUGAUCAUGUUAAUAAAAAAAAAAAAAAUUACUUUUAAGAAAACAAAGAGACAUUCCUCGUUGAUUUGCAGAGAGCAUAGCAGUUUCCGAGUGUAAAGCAUCAUCAUGUUAUAAUUGGCAAUUUUUGCAGCCUUUGUUUGUGUUAAUAGUGCAAAUAGAUGUAAUGUAUUUAUUUUUGAGAUCUGAUUUCUUCCAUUAAGUUGGUCUCCAUAAUGUAAUGCUUCGAGUCUUCAAAAAAGAAAAAGGAAAAAAGAAUUAUUAGGACUGUAAA